GGACAAAAACAUACACUUUAAUGUACUACAACAGGGGCAGAAACAUACACUUUAAAGGACUACAACAGGGGCAAAAACAUCCCUCAAGUUUUCCCUAUAUUUUUGUAUGAUUAUAUAAAUGUAUUUUGGCAAUUUUACACCACUUGGUAGAGCAACUCUGAUUGUGUCGUCAUCGAUUUGUGCUUUGGAAUAAAUAAGAAAAUGCAGAAGGUGUCUGGUGGGAUUAAAUGUUUUAUUUUCUUACAUUUCUGCCCUAUUCCUUGCCUAGGUGGGACAUCCAGCAAGUCCUGCCAAAAAUACCACUGAACCAACAUUUCUGUCCAUUUUAUUUCAUUUAAUUUCUUUUUGCCCCAUUUCCUGUUAAAAAAAAACAAAAAAACGCUCACAUCAUGUUUUGCAUGGUGAGCGCGCUUGACACGGAAAGAGGCCGAGGCUUUGCUGCAGAGGCCGCACCUGCUGGUACUCAGUGGGCGGAAGAGACGUGAGCUCCGGAGGAAAGAGUGACGCCAAGGUGACGGCAGCCACAACAGGGUAUCAAUGGAGCUUCCCAGCCUAAGGAUGGGCUUGAAAGUGCAUUAUUUAGUGAGUGUGCUGUUGUCAUCUGCACAGCUGCUGCAAACUUUACCCCUGACCGAGGAGAACCACCAGCAAAAAAUGUGCAGAAUGUGUCCUCCAGGUAAGUUCCAGAAGUCUUGCAACCAGUGCGAGCCGUGCCCUCGAUUGAGCUACACCGCCGACUGGAACCGCGAGGACGACUGCCAUCGUUGCUAUGGCGACUGCAGGCCCGAGUUUAACCAGAAGGUGAUUAAAAACUGCAGCAGCACGUCAAACCUCAAGUGUGCCUGCCAGGCUGGCUUUCGCUGCACCAGCGUGGUUCGGUACAGCGAGAACUGCAAGAACUGUGUCAAGAUAAGCGACGUGACCACAUUGGCAACAACAACAACAACAACAAAAGUCACUGUGACUUCAGAUGAACAUGAGCAGACUCCUUCCCCCUCUUCCUCAGCAGACGACAGCAUCUCUGCAAGAUUGUGCUCAUCUCCAGAAUGCGAUAGACAGGGUGGAAACAGCUCACCUAUCAAGGAAGAAAAGAGGAGCACCGACCAGCUGGCGGCCAUCGUGUGUCUGGUGGUCGUCAUGGUAACUGCCGCCCUGGUAAUCCUAUUCUGCAUCUGUCAACCCGGGGAAGAAACCUGCUUGAAGAGAGCUGUGAUGAAGUUGCACAAUAAGGGUGGUGGGGAUGCUGCAGAGAAGAAGAAGGAAGAGCAUUUCCCCGUAAACCCAUGUGGUGCUGUGCAUGUCCACAAUGCAGGCACAGUCAUCUUCAGCUGGCUCAGUCACUUUACCGGCCAAGUGGGCCCCGUCAUGGAAGCCAGGAGGGUUGCAGAGAAGCAGGAGGAGGAGGAGGAUGACCAAACCCCUUCUACUUUGUUGACUCACCCCGUGACCUCACCCAGCGUUCCCCUUUCUGAGGAGGAGAGAAGUGGCAAAGCAGCAGGGGUCUUCUUCCCCUCCCAGGAGGAAGGCAAAGAGUGGCACGUGUCCAAAGAGGAGGGGUUCUGAUGGAAGACUAUGUCACUGGACUGGUGCUAAGUUCACAACGUCUGAGAAGAACGACUUGUCUGGUAGGACUGAAGUCCACAAUAAGUGUGAUGGGGCACCAUUUUCUUAAUGGUUUUAUGGAAAUACAGUGGAACCUCGAUUCACACACGCCUCUAUUUGCGUCCUUUUCGGUUUAUGAACGUUUACAUCACGCCAAAUAUGCCUCUGUGUACGGACCAUGUUUCUGCAUACGAACGCUUCAUCCAUUUAUCCAUUCAUUCAUUAUUCUGUGUGCCACCGGAAGCCCUAUGGUGCCUGCCAUUUUGAUGACGUCACUUCUGACGAGUUUAUAAUUGUCGUACCUUGCGCCGGUCAGAGCUGUAAGAGCAUUUCAGUAGUGUUUAUAAGAGUGUUUCAGUAGUGUAUGUAAGAGCAUUUCAGUAGUGUUUAUAAGAGUGUUUCAGUAGUGUAUGUAAGAGUGUUUCAGUAGUGUUUAUAAGAGUGUUUCAGUAGUAUUUAUAAGAGCAUUUCAGUAGUGUAUGUAAGAGCAUUUCAGUAGUGUUUAUAAGAGUGUUUCAGUAGUGUGUAUAAAAGAAAAACAUUUCAGUUGUUUAUGUGAGAGCAUUUCAGUAGUGUAUGUAAGAGCAUUUCAGUAGUGUUUAUAAGAGUGUUUCAGUAGUGUGUAUAAAAGAAAAAGAUUUCAGUUGUUUAUGUGAGAGCAUUUCAGUAGUGUAUGUAAGAGCAUUUCAGUAGUGUUUAUAAGAGUGUUUCAGUAGUGUGUAUAAAAGAAAAAGAUUGCAGUUGUUUAUGUGAGAGCAUUUCAGUAGUGUAUGUAAGAGCAUUUCAGUAGUGUUUAUAAGAGUGUUUCAGUAGUGUGUAUAAAAGAAAAAGAUUUCAGUUGUUUAUGUGAGAGCAUUUCAGUAGUGUAUGUAAGAGCAUUUCAGUAGUGUUUAUAAGAGUGUUUCAGUAGUGUGUAUAAAAGAAAAAGAUUUCAGUUGUUUAUGUGAGAGCAUUUCAGUAGUGUAUGUAAGAGCAUUUCAGUAGUGUUUAUAAGAGUGUUUCAGUAGUGUGUAUAAAAGAAAAAGAUUUCAGUUGUUUAUGUGAGAGCAUUUCAGUAGUGUAUGUAAGAGCAUUUCAGUAGUGUAUGUAAGAGCAUUUCAGUAGUGUUUAUAAGAGUGUUUCAGUAGUAUGUAUAAAAGAAAAAGAUUUCAGUUGUUUAUGUGAGAGCAUUUCAGUAGUGUAUGUCAGAGGUAAUUCUGAAUAAUGUCCCUAACGACCCCUCAUAUGAGGCUGUCUUCUGGGAUUGGAAAUGCUUUCAUAGUCUUGCUCUAUAGCUUCCGGUUACUAAACAACCACUGAGCUAGCAUUGUAGAAAAUUUAGCCUCCCGUUUGCGGCGGCUUCACUUUGAGUAUUUUAUUAUCGAAGAGGCUUUGUUCCGCAGCAAGUCUUUAAUUGUGAUGAGACUGAAAAAGAUUCCACAGCGAACCAUUAUUACAGCGAAGGAGAAGGCACUACCGUGACACAAGCCGAUGAAGGAUCACCUCACACUGAUCGUUUGUGCUAACGCUAGCGGCGACUACGUGACGCCACUGCUCGGUUGUCACUCUGAAACUCCCAGAGUGUUCAACAAUUCUACAAAUAUCCCCAGACAUAAGAUAAAAUGGGUUUCCUUCUUUUGUUUUGUUUUUGAAGCGCGCCAACAAGACUUGUUUGUGUGUAAGUGUGUGUUCAGUGUCGACAUUUAAGCUUACUGUAUUGUUGUUGUUUGGAUAAAAAAAAGAUUGUUG